AUGUUUUGGAGAGAUACGCGUCGUGCAAUGGCCGUCUCUUUGCAGAAUGCAACCGCAGCCUUGAUAGCUCUUGCUGCCUUGGUCUACGCUUUCGACAUGCACAAUGCUUUCCUGCACCAAGCGCAGAUCAGCUUCACAUCACAAGAAAUCGGGGAGCAAUGGGACGACCUCCGACAUCUCGGCGGCAACUCUCCAUGGAUACGCAAAACACGAGGCGUGCUCAACGAUACAGCAGCAGAGCUACCGGCAGGAUGUAUCGUUGAUCAAGUACACAUGAUGUCGCGACAUGGCGAGCGCUAUCCCACCUAUGCCACCGGAGAGAAAAUGCUUGAGCUUUACCAGCGCCUUCAACACACCAACCUCACGUUCAACGGAAGCCUGGCAUUCGUAGACCAAUGGGACUUUUUUGCACCUCACCCGAACGAUCAGCUUGAACAGCUCACGGCGACAGGACAAUAUGCCGGCACUCUCCAAUCAGUCUCAGCUGGAACAAGACUCCGGACAAAGUACGAACGACUGCUUGAGAGAGCUCUCGCACAGAACCAGACUUCAUUCUGGAGCUGCUCCUGUAAGCGAGUCAGCGACACCGCCCGCCUCUUCGCGACAGGCUUCUUCGGCAUCGAUUGGGAACAAUCAGCUACACAUCACGUCGUCCCGGAGACAAGAGAUCGUGGCGCCAACACUUUAACCCCCGGCCGCGCGUGUCCAAACUACGCGACUGAUCCACUGGGUCACAGCUUCGGGGUCAAGAAUUUCAUGCAAUUUCGCUCAACGUACUUGGCCGACAUCAGCACGCGGCUGAAGAAGCAGAACGCGGGGAUCGUCUUUAGUGAUGUGGAAAUCUACUCGAUGCAGGAGAUGUGUGGGUUUGAGACGUUGGCGAAGGGACAUUCGUCGUGGUGUGAUGUCUUCACGCGAGAGGAGAUACUGAGUUUCGAGUAUGCGCGUGAUGUUCUGCACUAUUAUCGAGCGGGACCUGGCAAUCGAUAUGGCGCUUCGAUGGGGUGGCUGUGGCUCAAUGCUACUGCAGAGUUGCUUCGGCAAGGCCCAGAGGCGGGACCUCUGUUCCUCAGCUUCAAUCACGACGGAGACAUCAUCGCCAUGUUAGCCGCCUUUGACCUGUUCCAGCAACAGCCACACCUACCCACGACACAGGUACCGCAGAAUCGCACAUGGUGGACAUCUGAUGUUAUGCCUAUGGGCGCACGUUUUGUCCUCGAGCGCUUCAGCUGCCCAGCACCACAAGUGUGCUGGGACAACCGCGAGUAUGGCUACCCCAAUCACGUCUACUGCGAGCCACCAACUAGCGACGUCUUCGUUCGGGUCAAUAUCAAUGAGGGCAUCGUACCGAUACCUGGAUGCGAUGAUGGACCAGCGGGCUCAUGCUCGCUUGAAAGCUUCAGUGAGCGGAUCAAGAAGCGCGGAGAAGAGCUUGAGAGCUAUGCCAGUAUUUGCGGUCUGGCAGAUGAUGUACCCACGAGCCUGGAGUUCUUACAGCAAUGA